AUGUUAGAAACGACUUUCAAUAAUUGUCUGCAGUUUGACUCUAACAUUGACUGCGGUUUGAAUCGGAAGCACAAGUCAUCCAUCGGCUUCGGGGCCCCCGUGCGCGCAUCGCUGCGCAACCGAUCGGUGCUUGACGCCCGCACUGCCGGCUCGCUGCUGCAAUCGGUGAGUGCUAACUCUAUACCAUCUCCCUCCCCAUCGUUCAACAUCCCUCCCCACCCGUCCCACCCCCUCCCUACCCCUCUGGAACGGCAGGCAGAGAGCACGGAUCUGAUAGCCUAUGGGCUCAUCCUGAGUUUGUGGGGCGAUCCCCGUGCUGGUGGGGCUGCAUGCGCUCACAGAGGAGCACUCGUGCAAGGUUCUCUUAAAGCCAAGAACGCCCUCAGCAAGCAAUUCGCCAAGCUAUUGGCCAUGAACAACGCCCGCUUGCACAUGACGGAGGGGGCAGUGAGGGCCAUAGCGCGCAGAGCAGCAGCGCGAAACACGGGGGCCAGGGGGCUGCGAUCGCUGCUGGAGGGGCUGCUCACCGAGGCUAUGUACGAGGUCCCCAGCAAUCUGGUGGAAGCAGUGGUGCUGGACGAGGCAUCGAUGGGGCACGAGGGGGAGGAAGGGGAAGAGGGCAAGCCGGUCCCCAGCAGUCUAGUGAAGGCAGUUGUGUUGGACAAGGCAUCGGUGGGGCACGAGGGGGAGGAGGGGGGCGACGGGGUAACCUGCACUCUGCCAUCAUCCAUCCAUCCCUGCCAUCCCCACCAGGUCCCCAGCUCUCUGGUGGAAGCAGUGGUGCUGGACGAGGCAUCGGUGGGGCACGAGGGGGGAGGAGGGCGAGGACGGGGGUACCGGGGUGUGGGGCCCACAUACUGCAAGGGGAGGGCUCGUGGGAGCGGUGGUUGCAGGAUAACGAGGGGGGAGGAGAGAAGGCGGGAGGGAAGGGAGAGGAGGGCCAAGGGGGAGGAAGCAAGGGAGGCUCAUCUGGGGGAGGUGGAAGUGAUGAGGAAUCGGAUGCAGCUCCUGCUCUUGCCACAGCCACUGCAGCUUGAUCUGCCUUGUCGUCUCCUGUCGAGCACCUGUCUACCACGCUUGGACUCUUCUCAGCUCCUGCACUUGCCACAGCCACUGCAGCUUGAUCUGCCUUGUCGUCUCCUGUCGAGCACCUGUCUACCACGCUUGGACUCUGCUCAGCUCCUGCACUUGCCACAGCCACUGCAGCUUGAUCUGCCUUGUCGUCUCCUGUCGAGCACCUGUCUACCACGCUUGGACUCUGCUCAGCUCCUGCACUUGCCACAGCCACUGCAGCUUGAUCCGCCAUGCCACUGCAUCUCCCAUCCAGCAUCUGUCUACUACCCCUUCUAUUGUGGUGGACUGGGGGAUGUCACCGUGCUAGAGCGUGCUGCUAGGUAUCGGUUCCUGGUCCUGAAGGUGGCUGGAACAGUAACAAGACGGCACGAACAGCAGCUGGGCGGCAGCAACAGUAACCAGGUGGCCAUAGCAGUCUCUUCACGGCGCCCUGCAGCGAGAGAAGGCCACCUGCGCAAGGCGGGGUGGGGAGGGGUGGCAGGAUGGCAGGGGGGUGAGGAGGAGUGCAGAGCAAGGGAACAACGAGUGCAGAGCAAGGGAACGACGAGUGCAGAGCAAGGGAACGACGAGUGCAGAGCAAGGGAACGACGAGUGCAGAGCAAGAGCAUAGGAGAAGGGGGCCAGGAGAGUGAGAGCAUAGGAGAAAGGGGCCAGGAGAGUGAGAGCAUAGGAGAAGGGGGCCAGGAGAGUGAGAGCAUAGGAGAAGGGGGCCAGGAGAGUGAGAGCAUAGGAGAAGGGGGCCAGGAGAGUGAGAGCAUAGGAGAAGGGGGCCAGGAGAGUGAGAGCAUAGGAGAAGGGGGCCAGGAGAGUGAGAGCAUAGGAGAAGGGGCCAGGAGAGUGAGAGCAUAG